AUGUCUGGAUGGUUACCACUCAGAAAGUCAGAAACAAGACAGAACUCGGAAUCCAGUGUUUCUUCUAGCUCCUCCUGCUGGUCGGAUGCUGUGAACAAUACAGACCAGGACAAGGCAUUUAAUGGGUUACCUGAAUUAAUCGAUAAAUGUUGGUGGAUAAAAAGCUUCUUCCAUAGUGAACCAUCUCCACCAGCUGUUGGCAGAAAAACACUGUCAGCAAGCAGUUACAGGGAGUAA